GCACCAACCCGCUUUUGGGUGUUGCAUUCGGCGCCUCGCCUGCACAUUGCGCUCCCCUCUUCUUGCCAUCCCAACGCCUGAGGCUUCCUUUUGCAGGUGCUGUAACGUGCAACAAACCCACAGCGUACGACGCUUGCUAGCUGCUUGUGGGCUGAGGAGCGUCCCGACAAUGUCCUUAAGAUAAUGUGCACAUGUCCACCGUUCGGGUCUCGGACCUGGGGCUCAACUCCUCAGAGCAGCGAUUUCUCCAGGACCAGAUUGCAACUGCCGUAUCGCAACAGGGCAGCAGCUCGUCCCGCGCCGCUUCGAGGGCUUCCAGUCAAGGCCGCUUACUCCUGGAUCCCACCAGUUUGCAGGCGCUCGGCGCCCAUUUCGAUCGUCUGAUGUACUCGAUACAGCAGCGAUGGCAAUACCUCACCCAACAGACCCAGACGGCGACCCAGGUGCAGUACGAUCGUGCUGGCAACGCAAUGCAGAUGGCCGACGCUGAAAUCGCCCGCUUCCGAUCUAUACUGCGCGAAAUUGAUGAGCUUCAAGUCGAAUUUGACAAAGUCCGCCGCAUCGGCGAGAUAGUCAAGGGCUUCAAGGCGCGAGUCGACUAUCUUGACCGCCGGUUCUGAGGCUGAUUUCAAGAUUAGUCGCGCCAUAUCUGCUUCUAUCCUCGACACUCCUUCUCACUUCACGACACCACGAAUUCAAUCACACCCCGUAAACUUUUUCCUUUGGUAGCUACAUAUAUAAGAGAGGAAGCCUCACGGCUCGGAAAACUCUAGGAAGGAUAUCGAGAAUUGGGUGCCUCACGGCAGUUGGCGUUCUGACUUGGGAC